CGCAGAACUCGAUGGUGGGAGGAGCGAGGCGCUCUGGCCGCUCCACUCGAUGGUCGCUGUGGCCUGGAGGUCACGUGACCGCCCCCCCCUCUCAGGAGGGGCGGGAGGGAGAUGUGGUGUCAUGGCGGCGGGGAGCGAGCACAGUCCUGUAGUCCAGGCCCCCCAGCAAAUGCCUACUCCAGGAGCCCUCUGCCUUCACUGAUGCUGAUUGUUUGUGCAGUGAGACGGAGCUGUAGUCAAAACUAAAGAUGCCACUCUUCUUCCGUAAGAAGAAACCCAGCGACGAUGCUCGGAAGCGCCUUGAGUACCAAAUGUGCCUGGCAAAAGAAGCUGGUGCUGAUGACAUUCUUGACAUAUCCAAAUGUGAACUCUCAGAGGUUCCUUACGGGGCCUUUGCAACUUGUAAAGUCUUGCAAAAAAAGGUGCUGAUUAUUCAUACGAAUAAUCUGACAUCUUUAGUCCCAAAGUCCUGCAGCCUCCUGAGUCUCAUAACUCUGAAGGUUCUAGACCUGCACGACAACCAGCUGGCGUCGCUCCCUGCUGAUAUAGGUCAGCUGACGUCUCUUCAGGUCCUAAACCUUGAAAGGAAUCUUUUAAAAUGCCUUCCACAAUCUAUAGGAGACCUUGCCCAGCUUCAGACGCUCAGUGUGAAAGGUAACAAGCUGAAGGAGCUGCCUGCUACUGUGAGCGGGUUGCGGAGCCUGCGCACUCUGGAUGUCAGUGAGAACCUGCUGCAGGAGCUGCCGCGGGUGCUGGCUCACGUCCGCACGCUGGAGACACUGACCCUGGAUGCUUCUUCCAUGACCUACCCAUCACCUGACGUUUGCAGUGCAGGUACAGAGUCCAUUCAGCAGUUCCUCUGCAAAGAGUGUGGAAUUCCCUACUACCCUCCCUCGCAUUAUCUGCUCCCCACGCUGGAGAGUGAUGGAGGAGGAACAUCAGUGGAUGGGGUGGACCGGGCGGUGCAUAAGUACUUGGAGGAGGAGAGUGAGUGGCAGAACAAAUUCUUGGAUUAUGAGAAGAGGAAGGAAAAAAAAAUGCAGGAGAAGCUGGAAUUUGAGCGGCGCCUGAACAUGGGGCAAAGAGAACAGGCUCUGCUUGUUCAGCAGGUCAACAGUCAGAAGGACGAGAUACUACAGACAGUGCGAGAGGACCAGCUGAGGCUGGAGGAGGGUCUGACAAAGCACCAGCGCUAUUUGGAGGAGGAGCGCCUGAAGCUGCUGCAGCAGUUGAAGCAAGCGGAGCAAGGCAUUGCCAGCCGUAUCCAGAAGCUGCUGGAGGACAACCAGAGGCAAAAACAAAGUGCGGACAUUCUGAAAUCCUUGGAGAACGAGAGAAUAAGGAUGGAGCAGCUGAUGGCAAUAACACAGGAGGAGACAGAGCAUCUACGCCGAAGGGAAGUGGCCUCUGCCAUGCAGCAGAUGCUGGCUGAGAGCUACAAGAACAAGCUCCUCCAAAUGACCUAUGAGUCUCGUCGGCAAGACCUUGUCAACCAGGCCUGCUCCAGCCUUGCUGAGAUGGACCAGAAGUUCCAGCAGAUCCUGGCUUGGCAGCAGCUGGACCAGAACAAAGCUGUCAGUCAGAUCCUGCAGGAGAUUGAGAUGCAGAAAGCUGCCUUUGAAGCUCUCCAGGUGAAGAAGGAUCUUAUGCACAGGCAGAUCAGGAACCAGAUUAAAUUAAUAGAAACAGAGUUAUUGCAGUUGACACAGCUGGAGUUAAAGAGGCAAGAACUGGACACAGAGACGCUGCAGGGGCUGAUCACAGAGCAGCGCCAGGCACUCGGCUACCUGCUGCAGCAGCUGCUCAAGGAAAAGAAGCAAAGGGAAGAAGAACUGCAACAAAUACUGCUGGAAAUGGAGGCAAAGAGCGAAACCAAGCAGGAGAACUACUGGCUGAUCCAGUACCAGCGCCUGCUGAACCAGAAGCCCCUCUCCCUGAAACUCCAGGAGGAGGGCUUGGAGGGGCAGCUGGUGAACCUUCUGAUGGAGCUCUCUGCGGAGCGGUACUUGCCAGUCUUUGCACACCAUCGGGUUUCCCUGCGGGCGCUCAGCACCAUGACUGCCCGGGACCUGGAGAAGAUUGGCGUGACGGAGGCUGGCCUGCAGCGAGCCAUCCUCAGGCGAGCCCAGGAGAUCCUGGCCGUGGCCAAGACGAUCCCAGAGCUGCUGAGGACGGUGGACGCCGAGGUCCCUGCAGCCCCGGAGCCCAGCGCUCCCUUGGAGGAGCCUCCCAGCCCCGCGGUCCCGACGGCCCCCCCGCUGCUCUGGGACGAGAAGAAGUCGGAGUGUGUUGUCUGCAUGGAGCAGGAGACCCAGGCAGUUUUCCUGCCCUGUGGCCACGUCUGCUGCUGCCAGACCUGCAGCCAGCAGCUGCACGCUUGUCCCCUGUGCCGCAGGGACAUCACGCAGCGCAUCCGCAUCUUCCCCAGCGGCUAGGCAGGGCGCAGGACGGGGACCCUGCCCGGCACCCCUUUGUCCCCGGGGUGAUGCCCCUCUCCUGCUCCGUGUCAGUAUUAAACAGACGCCACACAGCAUGGCCAGCACCGCCCCCACCCCCUGCACGGCCCGGCCCGGCUGCACCCAGGAGUCUCAGCAUCCUCCAUGUUCCCCGACGGCUCCUCAGCCUCCAUCUCGGGUUCCUCAGCCUCCACCUUGGGUUCCUCCUUCAUCUGCGUCCCCUCCUCAUCUCACCCAGUUCCACCAGCCGGUGUUCCCCAGCAAGAGGAGGCUGGGUGGCCACCAUUGCCUGGGUGCACUGACUGAUGGAGCUGGGUGCAAUUCUUACCUCUUCCUCUCUGGCUGAUGGAUUUGCCUUCAGAAAUGCCCCUGGCUCGGCAGGGACACAGUCAGUGCCAUCUCUGAAGCCAGAGGUGGGUGAAUCUCCCGUGGGAGGACGUGACCAGGAGCGUGCGAUGCCAUGAUGGGGCUCUGUGUCACACCAAAGGUCUGGAACUUCUGCUCUGCUGACCCAGGGGGAGCAUGUCUUGGCCACUGGUGGCCGUGGGCAGGGGGAUCCCCGACCCCCUCCGUUCGCCUUCCUCUUGUAGGGGAGAGUCCCCACAUCCAGGACUGGAGGGACCCACUCUCGCCAGAGGAACCCGGCCAGGUCCCUCAUCCGAAAACCACGGGUUGUGAGUGGAAAACGUGGCGGCCACCCGAGAGCCGGCGCGAGUCCCGUGGCCGUGGGCUGUGCCCGUGCCCGUGUGGCUCCGCACGGCCUCUGCGCGGUGGCGGGCGGGUUGUUUGCCCUUGUCAUUAAUAAGUAACAUCCCCCGUCCCUCAUUUGUCUCUGGACCUUGAAGUACAAACCGCCCAGAGAAGCCUGGUCCCGGCGCAGCAGCCGUGAAAAAGCAGCUGGUUUCUGGGGGUGGGGGUGGGUGUGUUUGCUGCUUUUUUCCUUCUGCCUGGGAGGGAGGAUGCCUGAAAGGAAGAGCCACCGCCUGCCCCUGUCCUGGGGUCAUCUCCUCCUCUCCCACCUCCAUCUGGGAAGAACUUGAGGUUCUUGGAUGUCUCCGAGGGUGUUGCUGACGGUGAUACAUCCCUGGGGACUUCCAGGCAGGGACAGACCUUGGACCCUGGGCUGGGGCUGCCUCGUGUGUCCUACGGCCGCGCAGGGCACGUGUGUGGCCUUGUGGAGGUGGCCAGUGUGCAGGGACACGUGCCACCAGCCACCCUGGCUGAGCCCUCUGGGGACAGCCCUGGGGACGCGGCGCUGCUGUGGGUGGGAGCUGGUGUGACCCUCCUGGGGACUUGCUGGGUGUUUGGGAGAGGACGUGGCAAACGGGCUGGGGACACGGGGGCUGCUGGCGUUUGGGGUGCGUUGAGGGGAGCCCUG